AUGCCAUUUGAAUUCAUCGAUAAUAAUAAUUCUGCAAUCGGCCAUGCCGCGAGGAAGCGAAUUCGUAGCCACGCAGCCUUGGGAAAAAACGUCGGAAAGAAGAUAGCUCGGCCAUCGAGAAAAAACGCGCAAAGCCUGGGGUUCAAGGUCACGCCAAGUAUCCCAAGCCAUUCCAAGAUUGUGCGGCAGCUAGAUGAUUCAGAAACCAACAAGGACCCAAAACCCGAGAUCCAUCGCCAACUCGGAGAUGGCCUGUCGAUCCUCCCUAUUCCGGAAAGUUCGAAGAACUUCACCAUCAGAGCCAUCACAUUUUUUUCUGGUCCACGCUUUGUGCCAACUUUGAAUAAUGCAAUGGACCAGGCUAGUAAUCAUGGCGGAGUCUGGAUGGGGCUUAUGUUUCAAGAUGAAGCUUUCUUCCAUUGCGCCUUAGCUUUAUCUAUCAUUGUUUUCAAUAACUUGAUGGUAGAGCCUAAAGACCCUUUGCAGGCUACACGUCACCUAUCUCACACUUUCCGCCUAAUUAACCAGAGGCUAUCUGGGGGCGACGCAGUCACAGACGCAACCAUAGCGGUAGUACUGAUGUUGACUCAAUAUGAACGUCACGACAAUCAGCAUAGGCGGGCUAAGGUUCAUUUCGAAGGACUUGAACGGAUGAUUGAGUUGCGAGGUGGGCUUUUCCAAGUGAGAGAAACCAUGCCAAUUUUAGCUUUGAAGAUUAUCAGAGCUGAUCUAGAUUAUUCCCUGCGUAUGGGGACACCCACUCGGUUUAGUGGAGACAUCUUGUAUGGCCAGGAGACGAUUCUGGAGUCGUCAAACUAUCCUAAGAAAUACUUCCACGAGAGACGACUGCGUUGCUAUAACUUUUUCAAAACCUUGAGCAUUGAUAUUCAAAGCCUUUUGAUGGAUAUCAAGAAUGUUGCUCAGCUGCUCAAUAACGCAAAUUGUGGGCAAUUACCAAAGAUUGACUGUGACGUAUUUCACAAAACCACUUUACUGCUUGCGCAUCGCCUCCUCAGUAUCAGACCUAUUAAAGACUCCCAUACUCCAGUAUGCGUCGAACAUGCGAUUCAUUUGGGCUUAGUGGCGUUUUUGGUAACAUUCAUGCCGACACUCGACCGAUCGAUUCCCGACAACCCAGUUCUUUCCCAGUCGCUCCGGUCUAUGAUUGAAGGGUUCUUCUCCAGCCAUCCGGAGGAUGAAGAGGUUCGACUAUGGCUAUUGUUUAUCGGAGCAGCAUCCGUCUUCAGACCAGACGAUGAUGUCUGGCUUCUUCCUAUGACAGCGCGGACGAUGUCCACCACGGGCCUUCGCACGUGGAAAGAUGUCAACGAUUUGCUUACCAUAUUUCCAUGGGUUCAUUCUUCUCACAGUGAUGCAGCCCAAGCGCUCUGGCAUAAAUCGUCGUCUACGUCUCGAAUAUGUUGA